CCACCCCCCGGCACCACGUGUUCCUCUCCCCGGGCUAGGCCUGCCCUGGGGCGGGGGCGCAACGUCACACCGUUGCCCCGGGAGACGGCGGUAACAAUUGCCAGGCCGGGCUGGUGCCGGGGGGCGGCGGGACGGGCCGGAGCGAGGGCAGGUGCUGCAGGCUUCUGGGUGGCCUCUGCAUACUAAGAUGCAAGAGCUCCCAAGACAACAUCUAUAAGCCAUUACACAUUCCAGGGAGGAGGCCUUUGUCAACAAGGAGGGGGAAAAAAUGAACGAGGUGAAGGAGAAUCUGAGAAGCAUAGAGCAGUACUACAAACUCUUCCAGCAGCAGCAGUUUACAUUUAUCGCAGCACUGGAACACACCCGAGAGAAUGCCCAUGACAAGAUCAGGCCUGUGGCAAGCAUUGGACAGGUGCAGAGCUACAUGGAGCAUCACUGUAACAACGCCACCGACAGGCGCAUCCUCCUCAUGUUCUUGAGCAUCUGUGAAGAUCUGAGCAUGCUCUGUCAGAAGCUAGAAGCUGUGCACCCUGGUAACAGCAUCACAAACAACAUUUUGGAAAAAUGCAAGGUGCUUCUCAGCCACAGCAACAACCUGAGCAACAUUCGAGCCAAGUACCCCCACGACGUGGUGAAUCACCUGAGCUGCGAUGAAGCAAGGAAUCACUACGGAGGGGUGGUGAGCCUCAUUCCUAUAGUGACGGACUACAUGAAGGAAUGGAUGGCCCAUGCUGAGAAGCUACCUCGGCACGUCCUGCAUGACGUGAGUGACCAAAGGGCUGGUUCUCAGGUGAAAGCACAGCAGGAGGCAUCAGCAAGGGCAGUGGCUCCCCCAGGUCUGCCUCCUGCUUCCCACGUGGCCACUCAGACCUUGGUUAGUUGCAGAGACCGUGCACAAGACCAGAGAAGUAAGGAUGGUAAAAAGCACUUGAAACCAGGGAGUCACACUGGGAGAUUUCUCAAUGGUCCCUGGAAGCCACCUGGUAAACACUCCUUUUAAAGAGCCAAAACUUGUCUCCUAUGCAUAGCAGGGCUGAUUAUAUGUGGUCUCUACUAUCCACUUCAGUCAUUCCCUUCCCUUUUUUAACCCAAGGUCUGGAUGGCUCAUCCUGAAGUCUUUUGAAGCAGAUAACCUACCCUCCUCCUCCAAUAUAUCCCCCACUUCCUCUUUCCAGGAAAGCCACAUCUCAGUAGAAUGGCAUCACAUAUUUCCCCUUGAAAGGCCUGGUGGCAAGAGUAGGGGAUGCACUCAGGACUAAGCCACGUUUUCACUUUCACAGCUGCUGUGUAUUGAGCAAGUCACUUGAGGCUCAAUGCACACAAUUUCUUAUCAAAUAUUUUGGGGUUAGUAGGAAAUGGGUCCAACACAAAGUCGCAUGUUAUCCCAAGCAUAAGCCAAUAGCAUUGUGUCACCCACUGAAGAUCAUGGGCCAAAUGAUCUUCAGUUGCACACAGUCCAUUUCUUGACCUUCAGUGAGGAUGCAGAGGUGUCCCUGAGGACAGAAUUUGAUCCUGUAGUUGAAAUAGUCUGAUAUAAGCCAGUCACUCUUCUAGAGCUGCAAUAGUCCUGCAGGACUAACAGGAGACAUUAUCACUAUAGCAAUGCAUGAGACGCCAGAAGAGAAAGCAGAUUUGCUCAUUUUCAUCAUAUCUCUGCAAAACAGAACAGCGCUUUUAGGUCUCUGUGCCUCUGCUUUUCUUUCUGUAACAGGGCCACGGUUUACCUGGCUCACAGGGCUUUUUGUAAAGCAUAGUUUAUUAACAGUUGUAAGGUAUUUGAGAUCAGUCAAUGGUGUAUAGAAGGGUAUAAAUCAUAGACGUUCUGCAGAGGCCAAGGAGCCAGCUAGUUUUCCAAAGCCAUGUGAUAGGGGCCAGUCUGCUCCUAGGUUUUUCCACCCCCUCAAGCCACCACUUAAGAGUUAUUGGUAUCAUUUGCUAAAGCACUGCUAGCGAAGUUCUUAAGAUGAUCUUCACAGCACAAUGUCUAAUUUCCCUGCAUCUGCUUGCUCUUUUCCCCUUCUACAGGCCUAUUAGCUCCUGCUCCUUGCCUCCUGCCAGAAGACACACCUGAAUAAAACCAUUUCCCUUGCAUGCAUGGCUCUGUUUGCCAAAAUGAUAGGAGUGCUUUUACCCUAAGGUGAUUAGAUUUUUGCAACAAGCAUCAGCUGAGACAGGAAGGUUGGACCAGGGAGUGGCAGGAGGAAAUAGCAAUGUAGAAAGAUUAGGGCGCAACUACAGGUAAUCUUUCAUUCCACCUUUUGUUUCAUGCUCGGGUUCUCCCCAUUUUCUGUCCCACAAACACUUGACCAGCCUGGAGCUGGAAG